AUGUCCAAGUUUGAUCCCUACGAACACCUUAAAGUUGCCUUGAACCCUGAUGGUUCUCUCACUCGUUAUAUUCGGCUUCCUACAACUCCAGCAACAGGUGAAAACACGCAACUUGUAGGGCAAUCAGCAGCGAGCAAAGAUGUUGUGUUAAGUGAAGAAAAGAAAACUUGGCUCAGGAUUUAUCGUCCUGCCAAAUUGCCUUCCAAUGACAAAUCAAUUGCCAGACUUCCAAUCAUCAUUUAUUUUCAUGCUGGUGGAUGGAUUCAAAUGAGUGUUGAACAAACCGUGAUCCAUGAGAGCUGCAACUUGCUCUCUAGUGAGGUCCCGGCCAUUGUCGUGGCUGUCGAAUUCCGUCUUGCUCCUGAGAGCAGGCUUCCAGCACAAUAUGAAGAUGCGACUGAUGCGAUUCUCUGGGUUAAAGAUCAAGCUGUCAAUGAAAAUGGAGAUCGAUGGCUGAAAGAAUUUGGUGACUUCUCCAGAUGUUAUCUGUACGGGGUGAGUUGUGGAGCAAACAUUGCUUUUAAUGCUGCAUUGCGAGUUCAGGAUAUGAAAUUGGAGCCCGUGGCCAUUGCUGGCCUAGUCAUGAACCAACCCUUUUUCGGUGGGAAGCAAAGAACAAAAUCUGAGUUGAAGCUUGCGACUGAUCCCUACUUUCCUUUGCCGGUAAUAGAUCUUCUCUGGGAGCUUGCAUUGCCUAAGGGGACCGAUCGUGACCAUAGGUACUGUAAUCCAUUUGUUGAUGGUGCAUAUAAAGAGAAAAUCAAAUCUCUCGGAAGAUGUUUGGUGAUUGGUUUUGGAGGUGACCCUUUAAUUGAAAGACAACAAGAUUUUGUGCAAAUGUUGGUAUUGCAAGGAGUCUUAGUUGAAGCUCGAUUUGAUGACGUUGGAUUCCAUGGAAUUGAUAUGAUCGAUACCCGCAGGGCUGCAGCUAUAAUCAACUUUAUCAAAGAAUUUGUGUGA